AAGUGUCUACUGUUUUCGACCCAAAAAUAGAGACGAUAGAGAUCUCGGUUCGAAGGACGUUGAGAGGUCUCAGGAAACACCUCACUGGAUCGAUGGUGAAGAUCCGCGAUCUCAUCGGCAUCACACGAGCGAGUGCACCAACCAAAACACAAGGUAAACAAGGUCCCAUUUAUCAAUUUCCAAAACGAAGGCCUGCCUACGCUAUCGGAGUUGGGGAGAAGGGGAAGCGCAGACGGCGUUCCCCAUGCUAUAUUCCUCGAAGACCCCCGAUUUGACUGCGUCUUCGCGCGACCCACUGCUCGCCACGUCUCCUCCUCACGUUGCCAGAGUGCCGGCGGCGGCCCCGAGGCGGAGGUCGCCGUCUUCGAUGCCACAGGGCCAAGAACAUUCGGGCCCUCUGCUCUGUUAUUUGGAUUACCCUGUGGUUGCUUCCAAAAUGUCCAGGUGUGAAGCCACUAGAGAGGUUUUGAAGAGGAUUGAAAGCUUGUUUCUGGGAUAAGUGAAGCCAAGGUACUAGUUUGGGGGAGUGGAUUGAGAGGGUGCUUGUAGAUUCUGAAUCAGCACCAGCAAAAGGAAGUACAGGUGUUGAACAAAUGACCUUUAGAAAUGACAGAAGAAAGAAGUCUUUUUUCCCAAAAUACUUUGGGAUGAGAGGGAAGAAAGCAUCAAAGAGAAAUGAGGUCUCACUCAACUCGUCCGUAGUUGAUGUCCGAGAGUGCCCAUCUGUCACAACAACUGCCGCUCCUGCUCUCAUGAAAAGCUUCUCUGACAUGAACUCUAAUUCAAGGCAAGGGAGCUUAAGUUGCAAUGAAUUCUCUUCACCAUUACAAGACGCUGUAAAUACCCAGGCCCUCAGGAUAUUUGUUGCAACAUGGAAUGUCGGAGGAAAACCACCUCAUAGAGGGCUGAAUUUUAAUGAUUUCAUUCCUGCUGAUGAUCAUUCAGAUAUAUAUGUACUAGGUUUUCAGGAAAUAGUCCCUCUGAAUGCUGGAAAUGUGCUUGUCAUAGAAGAUAAUGAGCCAGCAGCAAAAUGGCUAGGUCUCAUCAACCAAGCAUUGAACAGAUCAACAGCGGAUACGGACGUGCCAUCUCCAUACACCAACUCUUCUCAAGCUUCUAGUUUGAAUGCUUCUGUUUCUAGAGAUUUGAAGAACAGCAGUGAUUCAUCAUUCUUCCAAAAGCAGUCGCUAAAAUGUGGAAGCAAAACUUUCAACAUAGUGCAGGGAAGACAUCUAAAGACAUGCAACUGCCCAUCGGAAGUGGCAAGGACAUACAAUAGAGACUCUUGUUUCAGUUGUCCCCUAGCUUAUAUUAGUGAUGAUGACUCCUCUGAUGAGGAAGAGGAGGGAACAAGUAGUUUUUCAGGUGCAGUCUCUGUUAGAGAUAACCAACAUCGGUAUAGCCUCAUAGCUAGCAAACAGAUGGUAGGGAUCUUUGUCACUAUUUGGGUUAGAAGAGAACUAGUCCAACAUAUAGGCCAUCUCAGACUGUCCUGUGUUGGGCGUGGAAUCAUGCGCUAUCUUGGUAACAAGGGGUGUAUAUCUGUGAGCAUGUCUUUGCAUCAGACAACCUUUUGUUUUGUCUGCAGUCACUUGGCUUCAGGGGACAAAGAAGGGGAUGAGCUCAGGAGAAACUCUGAUGUUACAGAGAUAUUAAAGAACACAAAUUUCCCAAGGAUUUGCAGAAUACCUUGUCGAAGAAUUCCUCAGAAAAUUCUUGAACAUGAUCGAGUCAUAUGGUUAGGGGAUUUGAAUUAUCGAAUAGCCUUGAGUUACUCCGAGACCAGGAAACUUCUUGAAGAUAAUAACUGGGAUGCUCUACUUGAAAAGGAUCAGCUGAAAAUUGAAAGAGAAGCAGGGCGAGUAUUCAAGGGAUGGAAGGAGGGGAAAAUCUAUUUUGCUCCAACAUACAAAUACUCCAAUAAUUCAGAUGCCUAUGCUGGGGAGACUGUAACAUCAAAGAAGAAAAGAAGAACACCAGCAUGGUGUGAUCGCAUACUAUGGCAUGGUGAUGGGAUUGUACAGUUGUCUUACAUUCGUGGGGAGUCGAGAUUUUCUGAUCAUCGCCCAGUAUGUGCAGUUUUCAGAGUGGAGGUAGGCAUGCUUAACAGUAGUUUGAGCAAGCGUUUGUCCACCCCCAACAUGAAAGUUGGUGUGGAAGAGCUCUUACCUCCAAGUAAUAACUAUUCCUAAUGGAUGUGUUGACAUGUGAGAAGAAACAGUGCCUGUCACAGAAAUUGUAUAUGUGAAUCUGAAGAAACUAUCACAGAGUCAGAUACAAGUGGCGUAACUUAUUACUAAGUACUAACAAUAUAAUUGGUACGUGAGUUUGUUUGAAGGCUAUACUUUCAUUGGUGGUCUCUACCACCAUUUUGCUAAAAAAAAGGUGAAAAGAGAAAGAAGGCUAUGCUUUUAUUAUUAUAAAUGUUCUCUUCAUGGAUAAAAUGACUCAUGAUGUCUUGAUGCCUUGUGCAAGAUUGUUUCCUUUUGCAUUGACUCUACUUAGAAGGGACUGAAAUCUAAG